CGUGACCCGCGUGGCCGCCUGUGCUGCAAGCUGAGUGACGGCGGCAGCUGAGGGCAGGAAUCCCCCUGGUGGGACUCGCCGCCUGACCCAGGGAGAAGGCGGCAGAGCUCGGAGCGGCACUCACACACCCACACACCCACACGGAGAGAGCGUCGGAGCCCUCCGGUGCGUAAUGUGGGGGUGACCAUGUUGUCCAGGAAAGGACUCAUCCCGGAGGACUACUUGCUGACGCGCCUGGCGGAAGAUGUCCUGCAGCACCCGAAGUUCAAGGCGAAAAGCCGGAAAGCGCGCUUCGUGGCCAAGAACGGCAGAUGCAACGUGGCGCACACCAACAUCCGCGAGCAAGGUCGCUUCCUGCAGGACGUGUUCACCACCCUGGUGGAUCUGAGAUGGCUCCACACGCUCAUCAUCUUCACCAUGUCCUACCUGUGCAGCUGGCUGCUCUUCGGCAUGAUUUGGUGGCUCAUCGCCUUCGCGCACGGCGACCUGGACCCGCGCGGCGGCGACUUGGUGCCGUGCGUCACGCAGAUCCACUCCUUCUCGUCCGCCUUCCUCUUCUCCAUCGAGGUGCAGGUGACCAUCGGCUUCGGCGGGCGCAUGGUGACGGAGGAGUGCGUGUCCGCCAUCGCCGUGCUGAUCGUGCAGAACAUCGUGGGGCUCAUCAUCAACGCCGUCAUGCUGGGCUGCAUCUUCAUGAAGACCGCGCAGGCGCACCGGCGCGCCGAGACGCUCAUCUUCAGCAAGCACGCGGUGGUGUCGGUGCGCAACAACCGGCUGUGCUUCAUGGUGCGCAUCGGGGAUCUGCGCAAGAGCAUGAUCAUCAGCGCCACCGUGCGGAUGCAGGUGGUGCGGAGGACGAGCACGGAGGAGGGCGAGGUGGUGCCGCUGGACCAGAUCGACAUCCACAUGGACAACCCGGUGGGCAGCAACGGGGUCUUCCUGGUGUCCCCGCUGGUCAUCUGCCACGUCAUCGACCAGCGCAGCCCCAUGUACGACAUGUCCGCCGCCGACCUGCAGCACGACGACGUGGAGGUCAUCGUGGUGCUGGAGGGGGUGGUGGAGACCACCGGCAUCACCACGCAGGCCAGGACCUCCUACGUGUCCGAGGAGAUCCUGUGGGGGCAGCGCUUCGUGCCCACCGUGUCCGAGGAGGAGGGCAUGUACGCGGUGGACUACUCCAAGUUCGGGAACACGGUGAAGGUGCCCACGCCGGGCUGCAGCGCCAGGAAGCUGGACGAGGUGGGCGGUAUCGCGCGCUACAAACUGCUGGAGGGCGUCACCCUGCGGCCGUCCGUCAGGAGGCGGCGGGGGUCCAGCGGGCGUCGUCGCUCCGGGUUGGAGACUAUGCAUGGAUCUCAUUCGGAUCCACUCAGGUGGUCCACGGAGGUGUCAGAGACAUGACGCUAAAAGUUCAACCAGCCUGCAAAAAAGUCACAUUUUGAAUGUUUAUUAAUAAUUUAAAAAAAAAAAACACACCAAAUCCGCGUAGUUAUACACGUGUUUGACCACACGGGGGCAGUGUCCACACACACUAAUCAGUUGUUCUUAAAUGGGGGUACUUGAAGGUAUGGCAAGGGGUAUGUGAGAUUUUUUUUAAAUAUUCUAAAAAUAGCAACAAUUCAAAAAUCCUUUAUAAAUAUAAAUAAAAACCUAUCUUUUUUUCCAAAUAGUUCAAGAAAGACCACAACAAAUGAGCAAUAUUUUGCACUGUUAUACAAUUUAAUAAAUCAAGAAACUGAUGACAUAGUGCUGUAUUUUACUUCUUUAUCCUUUUUUUUUUCAACCAAAAAUGCUUUGCUCUGAUUAGGGGGUACUUAAAUUUUAAAAAAUUUCACAGGGGGUACAUCACUGAAAAAAGGUUGAGAACCACUGCACUAAUAUAACAUGAAUGUUGGAUUUGACACUCAUCCAAUGGAACUUUUUACAGACUUUGAUUUUUUAUAUCAGCUUUGCAUGUUCUGAAAAUGGAAUUCACUAUAAUUAAUAUAUUUUAUUAGUAGUGAUGUGACACUCCAUUCGAUUCACAUACUUGGGUGACGAUUUGAUUCUCGAUUCAAACCAUUUCUCGUAAUACAUUAUUUGGAAUAAAUGUAAUAAAACGUUUUCAAAACAGGUUACGAAAGUUCCUCUUGACUGCUGACAUAUAACGUAGAUGAGCAGCGAGUACAUGUGGCGAUGACCUUCAACAUGUCUUUUAAAAAGUAUUCUUAAAAAGGAAAAAAGUACAUAAAUGGCACAAACAAGGGUGUAAUAAGCGUAUUUGACCA